AUGGCGGAUGGAUUGGUGGCUUUGCAUAGCGGCUAUCAGCAUAUCGUUACACGGCAAUGGAAUUGCAGCAAUACAACCAUCACCCCUUACAAUCUUAUUUAUCCACUUUUUAUAUCGGACAACGAAAACGAUAUUGAGGAGAUAACUAGUCUUCCUGGACAAUUCAGAAUUGGAGUGAAUAACUUGGAAAAGGUGGUUGAACCAUUGGUUAAGAAAGGUCUCACCAGCGUGUUGCUAUUUGGUGUCAUCUCAAGGCUGCAGAAAGAUUCAAACGGCACAAAUGCAGACUCUGAUGAAUGCCCAACAAUUCAUGCCAUAAAGAAACUAAGAGCAUUAUUUCCUGACCUUCUUGUUAUCUGUGAUGUUUGUCUUUGUCCUUUUACUGAUCAUGGCCAUUGUGGGAUACUAAACUCUGAUGGGUCUAUUGAAAAGACWCCAACCUUACAAAGGAUUUCUGAAGUGGCACUGGCCUAUGCAAAAGCGGGAUGUCAUGUGGUUGCYCCCUCAGAUGUUAUGGACAACAGAAUUGCAGCCAUAAAAGCUCUAUUACGCAAAAAUGGCUAUGGAAGCAAGGUUGCUGUGUUGAGUUAUGCUGCUAAAUUUGCUUCCAAGUUUUAUGGUCCAUUCAGAGAUGCAGCCAAGAGUGCACCAGCGUUUGGUGAUCGCCGAUGCUAUCAGCUGCCCCCUGGAUCAAAAGGCCUGGCCAUGAGAGCUGUSGCACGUGAUAUCCAGGAAGGCGCUGAUAUGGUCAUGGUUAAACCAGGAAUGGCUUACCUGGACAUUGUCCGACAGACCAAAGACAAAUUUCCUGAGAUUCCGCUAGCAAUAUACCAGUUUCGCCAAACAAAUUUGCAAUCUUCAUCAAGCCUCUCGAGACUCCUGACUCGAAACUCAACAAGUUCUCCGUUUGUUGGCUUUUUCGAGGUGUCCGGCGAAUACGCCAUGUUGUAUCACGGCAGCAAAGCAGGCGCCUUUGACCUUCAAGAUAUCGUUAUGGAGAGUUUGCUUUCAAUGAGAAGGGCAGGAGGUGACAUCAUUAUUACCUACUUCGCCCCUCAAGUACUUGAUUGGAUCAAACAAUAGAUAUAUUAUUAAUAUAUUAAUAAUUAUAUAACCUUAUUAGGCAUACCGUUGACGUCACGUGUGUUUUCGCGAAAUGCAUCAUGGUAUCGAUGAAAAAAUUGAGAAAGUCAAUUAAUGUUGAAAGUAGAAAAUGGUCUAUCUUAGAGCGAUAAGAAGUAUGGGAAAUGAAGAAUGAGGAAUUGUGGGAAUGUUGACGUGCAACAAAGCAUGAUGGGACUUCUAGUCCUCGCACUUGUUCGUUAGUUUCCUUGCAUCUUAUGUAACCCAUAAUUGUUCUUACUUACAAAAAUAGAAGCAGCUCUGCUGUUUCUUCAAAGACAACACAUAAAUAGCAUUUAGGGAGAUUUUUGAGGGGGUCCAAAAAUCUCCCAUAAUGCUUUGUUUYACAAAAUGUCGUCUGGGCGUUGAUUAUUAAGGUCUUUUUACACUUCAGUGUCUAUAAAAUCAUCAAUAAGAAAUAGCGUACAUUUUGGGAAUGAAAGCGUUUUUUUCAUUGUGUUAUUUAUGGAAAGAAUUUAUGGUCAAUCAUUUGUUACAACUGUAGUUUAAAAAAUGCAAUUUCAACUUUCAAAGAACUAUUUAAUUGUAGUAUUGACUGAAAGUAGUAUAGAUUUAUCGUCAAUUAUUUUUUUAAAUAUAGUUUGAAUAUUUGUCAUUUUAAU